AUGACUGCCAAAGAUCCAGAGUUUCAGGCUCAAUGUCUCGAGCUUAUCCGUGGGAUUAAAGCCACGCACGAGAAGCAGAAUGAUCUCCUUGAGAAAUUGGUGACGCUCAUGGCUGCUCCUACAGUUGAGCUGAAGCCAGCACAUCAACACGAUGGGAAUAGCCAUGAAGAGAUUGAUCAAGUUCCAGUGCAAGGCUGUGAAGUCAACGUCGAUGAAGAAGAGCCAUCAGAUGAUCUCGGCUUUGCAGCGCAACAAGAUAUCAGCUUGGACAGCAUCCUUCGUUUUGCAUCUCAUUCAUACAAGAAACGACUUCGGCUCUUCGCAAUUGAACAAGAUGGCCCACAGCCAUUCCUCCUCAGUUCUCAACUACCUCCCUCACAAUCUUCUUACACGCUACCUCAGCAGUUAGAGUACAUUCCGCGGCCUCCAGAAGGUGGAGAUGUCAUUGUCAAUGCCACUCAGUCUUGGAAUUACUGGUAUCCGAGUGAUUAUGAUACACAGCCUCCCGGAAGCAAAGUUAUCAGCCCCAUCCCAGACUUCAUGCCGCCAUGGCAACUUACUCGCGGAGAAAAUGAAAAGUGGUAUCACAUCGACGACAUAGACUUCGAGUUUCCCUUGACCGCACCAGAUACAUUAUCACCAGUGGUCGGAACAUACUGCGAAGUCCCUUACUCUUUCUUUCCUGGACUGCGUAAUCUGAACAUGGCUUACACGCGUCGUCAAGGAAUCACAUACGGUGGCUCGGGUGAUUACUUGAUCGAGACUGCACUUACCGAAGCACAUCGGUAUAAGAUUCGUCAGUCACUUGGGGACUUUUACGCUGUGCCUCAGGAUGGUCGACUUCCUCUAUCGUUUCAUACGAGCGAACUUCGCAUGCAAGUUCGUCAUCGACGGACUCGUAAUGAUAUCGACCGCAGUCUUAAUAAAUAUCUCGAGCCCACGCGUGAGCUACUCAGCAAGCUUCAUUGGUUCACCAUCAUUGACCUCACGGCUCCUGGGGGCUCUCAAAACGCGGUAUAUAGUCUGCGUGCCAAAUCAUCUCCUUUCCAACAUGAUUCUCCACCAUCUCGUGUUGAGGGGCCGCCUUGUUGGGAGAUGAUCCAACCAGCGCUUCAAAGAGAAGGCAAUGGGUUUGUGUCAUACCCAUCAGUCAUACAAGAUCAUCCAACUCAGCCGAUACAUCGCCAAGGUCGAUGGUGUCGUGUUAUUCAGCUUGACGGCCUUGCAAAUAUCACUGCCGGUCUUAUGGAGGAGAAAUGCACCCGGUAUAACUCGAGCAUCGUCUGGAAGCUUCUCUUCCAAGAUAACCAGCUGAAUUCAAGUAAGGGUCGUGCUUUUCGUGCCACAAUGAAUCAACAUCUACUUUGCAGACCAUCUGCAAAGGACUUGCACGGGUCCGAAAACGUCCCGUGGAGGUCAUUUCACAUUUCUUGGUAUCAACUCUGUACACAGCCCACUGAUGCGGCUGUCAAGCAAUCUACUUGGAACUAUGGACGUCUUUACGGAGAAAAAGGGCCGUAUAUCAAACAGCAGGCUUUUACUUUGGGGUGCGCUUAUCAAGAUCUUCAUAGGUCUAAUGCUAAACGUGACUCUUUCUGGACAGUCUUGAUCAUGAAGCCGUCUGUCGCUGAUUUUGAUCCGUAUGAUGUCCACAAAGUCCCUCGUCGAACAUACACGCCUCAGAGCGAUGGUCGACGAUAUCGCUCAGAAGAUAUCAUGCUCGAUGCUAUUCGGACGAGUUUACAAAAAGCAGCAAAUGCAUGGAGUCGAAUGCAAGUAGCCCUUGAUGCAAUCGUCGAUCACGAUCCUCUAUUUCUCGACCCCGUUCAGCAUGACAAUCUUUUAUUCGACGACGAUACGUUCUCAAGAUCAAGGCAAUACUUUUGGAUCGUCAGUUGUCUUGAGUCUUUUCUGAUUCUUAUCGAUGAUGCUAUAGAGGAAUGGAGGAGGUUUCGUACAGACUGGCCUCAUAUGAUUAUGGAGAUAGACCCAGGUGAAGAGCCCAGAACGGAAGAAACACCAGAGGCGUUGACGCGAAGAGUUGUGGGUGAGAUUGAGGCGCAGGUUGAUCGAUUGAGGAUCAUAUCUGCUCGUUUUGAGGCAAGUCGCGAUAAGACUAAAGCUCUCAGAGAAGGUCUCUUCAGCGCCAGCGGAGUCAUCGAAAGUCGUGUCUCAACUCGUCUAGGCGAAAAUGUCAAGCUCCUCACAUACGUCAGCAUCUUUUACCUCCCACUAAGUUUCUGCGUUGCUCUCUGGAGUAUAAACGAAGGCUACCCUCGACCAAUGCUAGCGUUAACAUCAGUCCUUGUCGCAGCUGUGACGUUCAUCGUCGUGGCGAAUUUACGGAACAUGGCUUCUGUAUGUGCUGUCGCAUAUCGUGGUGUUAAAAGACGGAUUGUGAGACGAAUGCAUGGGAGUGAUGAUGAGAAAUGGGUAAAGAGAGCAACGGCGUUUGAGAGUUAUAGACCUGAACGGUUGGAAGUUGAACCGUCGGAGUGGUAUAUCUUGUACUUCUUCGUAUACUCCAUGUUCAGCCAGGCAGCUUCUUGGAUGAAGGAUCAAGGCCGGAAGGUGAGGAGUUUGUUUCGUUCGUCGGAGAGCGAAACGAGUCCUGUCAAGCAGAGUACAGUGGUGAGAAGUGAGUCAUGGGCAACUCCAAGCUCGUGGUGA